AUGGCAUCCCAAACACUCCCCCUCCGAUCCCGACUCCUCUCUUCAAAACUCUUCAUCUUCGCCCUCUUCUUCUUCUCCAUCGUCACAAUCACAUUGGCAGGCGACGAUGCCACUUCAACCCCCGCUCAACAGAGCGCUCCGUUCGUGGACCAGGCCACCGGCCUGAACAUGGAGCGCUUCUUCGGCGCCCGAACAUCGUUCGCCUUCGCCAUGGCCCUCCCGGAGCAGAACCGGAGCGCCGGAGCCGGGUCCUUCAUCGGGCAACUCUCCUUCCCUCUCGUCAACGGCGCCGGGUGGGGCGCCAUGGGCUUGACCGGUGAGAUGGAGGGCAACUUCAUCCUGGCUGCAUGGCCGGAUGGUGCCGGGGGCGUGAUGGCCUCGUUCCGACAGGCAACCGACGAAGAUAACCCGCCCGAAGUCAAGGGCAACUUUGCCGUUCGACCCGUUGCCGAAGGCGUCUCCGUCAACGCCACAUCUCUCACGUACACCUUCCUCUGCGAAAACUGCCUCGAUACAACAUUGGGACUGGGACCAGAGGCCACGAAUGCGAACGCGGUCAUGGGAUGGGCGCUGUCUGAGAAGGCAGUGAGGAACCCGAGCGAUCCCGGGGCGAAUCUCGGAUUUCACGAGCGCUCGGCCAAGGCGGUGGCUGCAACGCCAAAUGCUUUCAAGGAUGGUGGCGAUGACGACGAUGAUGAUAAGAAGAAAGGUGGUAGUGGUGGUGGUGGAAAGAAGGAUGAUGACGAUGAUGAUGACUGA